AUGCGUCUCUACGUGAUCUCCUUUGCGCUCGCAAUCACCCAUGCUCGCGCCGGCGGCCUUGGCGAGGCGUUGGGUAUCGCAGGGAAAAAGGCAGAACAAGCAUCCUCCUCGAGUGUGAGUUGCGAGUACUAAAGGCGACGCUGCACGCGAUCUGACAGCUGACCUCGCUUGCACGCAGCAGACGACGCCCAUCCCAAUCGGUCAUCCUUCCCACUACGCGGAUACAAAUGGCGAUGUCUCUCAUCUCUACGGUGGCCGCGUCUUUGGACCCAACUUUGCCGAAAGACGCGAAGGUCUGCACUAUGCGGGCCAUGUCGAAGGGACCGCGCAGCAAGGCACUCGCACAGCAUUCUUUGCCAAACCGGGCAAUCAUUUCAAGAUGAUUGGCCAACAUACAAUGCUUGGAACUCACGGACCGGUGAAAGGUAUCGCCUAUGAGACUGGACCCGUCGGCGCCGUCUUCUUUGACGUUGCUCACAAGGGCAAGGUGAUGGGAUCGUUUCAGGGCAUACCGGCAGACCGCAAAGGGCUCUACGAUCAAGCCACGAACCCCGUACACGAAAAGGGUCCUCAAGUCAGGCCGACGCGCGAAGAAGCUCGAAAAGCCAUCAAGAGCCUACGAACUAGAUCUCCCACCACCAUAAACCCCUCCAAGUACGCGAAUCCGAUCAAGGAUUUUCAGGAGCUCUACGGAAGCGGUGGCGCCGGGCCCAAUACGCUCGAGCGCGGAAAAGGAAUGCAUCAUGAGAGCUAG